AUGGGAAACUGCAUAUCGUUCAUUAAUUUCUCCAAAUUUAAAUUAAAAAAAAACAAGUACGUGCCGUCUGAUGUUGAUUCCAACUGCGACAAUGAGAGAGCAAUGGAUAGUAAUGUGUAUGGUAGGCGUCGAAUGAGCCGAAGAGGGAAAGGCUCUGAGGGAGAUGUCAAUGUGUAUAAGUCCGGCCGGAGUAGAGGCAGCUUUAAUGGAGCCCAUAAAAAUGGUCCAAAGCAUGUGCACUCUGGUAACCCUAGCGAUAAUGACCAAAGUGAGGGAAAAAAAGACAAACGACGUGGAUCUAAGGAGCAUACUAGCGACUCCCCCAGUAACCAAUCAGAUGUACUGAUGAUAAACGAUAAAAAUGAAAAGAAAGGGGAAAAAAAAGCAAAACAUAAAUGUAAAAGGAGUAGUGAAAUUAAGUCAAGCGAGCAUUACAGCAGUGGAACAGACAAAGGUGAACCCAAAACGCAUAUGAAUGGAAAAGUACAACUAGACAAAUCCAAGGGUAAAAAUAAAAAAGAGCUUUCCCAAAGUGGUUCCUCAAAUGAAGAUAAUGAAAAAGGGAACGGAAUGUAUAAUACUCCACAUGUAGACUCACCUUCGAAAAAAAAAUCGUCACUGUAUAGCAACCUAAUUAAUACCAACGAUUUAUGCAAAAAAAACAAAAAAGAAAAUUUACUCAACAUAAAAUAUAGCAAUAUGAUUUUAAAUGACAUAAGAGAUGUGGAUAUCAUUGUCGUUUUUUUGUUUAGCCUUUUCCUUUACUUCAAUGCUAAUAAUAUAGUAGACAUGCUGGACCCAAAUAAAAAGGACAGAUAUGCCUUGAGAAAUUCAUUGAAUAUAAAUCACGACAUUAUGAAAUUCCCUACGUUCCCUAAAGAAAUUAUCGACAGCUUUUUAAAAAAUGAUUUUACCUUGUUAAAAAAGUACAUAAAAAAUAAAUGCAAUAAGUUGAAAAAAAAGUAUAAGAGUACUUAUUUGAAAAAAGUCAUGGGGAGUGAUGAAGAAGGGGAAGGUGAACAAAAUGGACAAGUGGGUCAGAAGGAUGAAAAAUGUGAGAAGAAAAAAAACUUUAAAUAUGAAUUGAAAAGGAAAAAGGAAAAAUGCUCCUUUUCCAAAAUUGUAGAAUCAGUUGAUAGAAAAGAAUGGAUUAAAAGAGACAUUACAGAAAUACCAUGUGAUCAAAAUUUACCGAAUCUUAAUAUAACCUUCAUCGUUAUGGGUGCGUAUUGCUUGUACCAGAAAAACACAAAACCAUUUCAGGAUAAAAAUACCUUUUUUUAUAAAUCCCCUUCUUACACAUGUGAUGCUGAAAUAUCCGUUGCGUGUAAGAAAGGAAGAAAAUUAGAUUUCCCCAACCAAGAUGAUUUUACCAUUAUUCAAACAAAUGAAUGGAUAUUAAUUAUGGUGUUUGAUGGACAUGGUCCUUCAGGACAUGAUAUUAGUAAUUUUGCUCAUGUAGUCCUUCCCCUUCUCUUCUCAUAUAAUAUUGAAAGAAUAUUUGAAAAUCCGGUGCGCACUAUGAAAACGCUAUUCUAUAUGAUUAACUGCUACUUGGUUAAUUAUUCAUACUGCAUAAACAAUAACAUAAAUCCAAUCAACAUAAAUUUCAUCGAUUAUAAUUUAAGUGGAACAACUUGUACCAUCAUCUUAUACAAUUUUGAAACUAAGAAAAUUUACUCCGCUCACACAGGAGACAGCAGAGCUGUUAUGGGCAAGCAGAAUCAACAGACCAAUGCCUUCAGAGCUUAUAAUAUCACUGAAGAUCAUAAGCCAUCUUUAAAAUUAGAGAAAGAUCGCAUUGUUGCUUUUGGUGGGGAAGUGAAAAAGUUACAAGGAGAUGUCUCCUACAGAGUUUUCGUCAAAAAUGAAAUGUAUCCAGGCUUGGCCAUGAGUAGAGCCAUCGGUGACAUCACGUCGUCCUUCAUUGGAGUUACUUGUGAACCCACCAUCAACAUUUUUGACAAAUCGGACGAGGAUAAAUUUAUUAUCGUCGCCACGGACGGCAUCUGGGAAUUUAUCAGCAGCGAGGAGUGUGUCCAGAUGGUCUCCCGCAAGCGCAAGAAGAAGGUCCACGUUGCCAUGGAGGAAAUUAUCAAGGAGUCCUGGAGAAGGUGGGAGAGGAUCGACACCGUUGACGAUGUAAGAGAGAAAGUGCCCCUAUAA